AUGAAUACUAGCUAUAGCAAGAUCAAAACGAGGCUACGUGAUAAGCUAACUCGUGAGUAUAAGAAGACUGCCCAUACGGAAGAGUACCUUAAGACCGAAGAAGAGUAUCGGAAGACUCGGGCGGGUAUUCGUUUGAUCGAAAUAGAGUUACAGAGCCUAGCUGAUUCGUUUUCAGCUGUUUCUCUUUAUGAGAACAUCACUUCUGGGUUGUAUUCUGGUUUGGAGAUUGUUAAAGAUAGCAUUAAAAGACAACCUAAAGAAAAGUCAGAAGCAGCUAAAGAGGAUCCAGAUGUCUUUGGUGCUCUUUCAGUAGCUGCUUCUGAAGUAGCUAGUUCCAUCCGUGGUGAUUCAGCUGAUCGUUUCUCUGAUCUAUCAGGAGCACUUAAAAGAGUUUCUGCUGCUCGAGUUCAAAUGAAAGAAACCUUAUCUGGAGCUGUUCAUAGUCUUAGAGAAUUGAAAUUGGAAAUUGGCAAGAUAGAUGGAUUGAGGCUAAAAGUAUUGGAAGCCAGACAAGUAGUAGAAGCAGCCAGGCCUAAUGAGUCAGAAAAGGCUCAGGCUGAGUUUGUAGAAACGACUAAAGAGGCCCAUCAAGCUAUGAAUGACCUUAUCUCUUCUGAUGAGUUGUAUGCGAUUGCUAAUACGGUUAGUGGGGCGCUUAAGACGUUCUUUGGUGAUGCUUUUGAUGCAAUGGCUGGAGAUUCAUUGCCUAAGACGGCUUAG